AUGCCGACGAAAUAUGACCAUAUCAUCCAGCUCCCUCAGACUGCUGAGGUCGAUCCCUCCGUGGAGGUACAGAAAGUGGCCCAAGAAUGGCUGAGCAAAUUGGCAGCUGCAUUCAGCACUACUGACUUUUCCGGGGUGAGGGAGCUCUUCCAUGAAGAUUCAUGGUGGCGCGACAUCGUUGCUUUGCAAUGGGACUUUCGCACCAUUCGCGGUCAGGAAAGAAUCAAGGAGUUCCUUCGCCAAAACCAACAGCUGGCUCCGGUAUCAUCUUUUCGUCUGCAGGAGACAGGCCAUUUUCAGCCGAGGCUUGAAAUAGCUAAGAAAGAACCCGUUCUGGCCUGGAUCUCUUCCUUGUUCCACUUUGAGACUCGCAUUGGACGGGGAUCUGGUGUCUUGCGACUUACACAACAGACUCCGGGCGUCUGGAAGGCUUAUUCUGUGUACACAACGCUUCAGGAGCUGAAAGGCUUUGAAGAGCCGCUUGGUACCGCGCGGGCGUACGGUACGCUGGAUUCAAUGCCUGGAGGGCCAGCGCAAGGGACUUGGUUUGAGCGACGGGAGCGAAAACUGAACUUUGUGGAUGAGGAGCCGCAGGCUCUAGUCAUUGGAGCUGGCCAGUCCGGGCUGAAUGUUGGUGCCCGGCUGCAAUCCCUCGGGGUUUCAACCUUGAUUAUUGACAAGAAUGACCGAGUCGGAGAUAACUGGAGAAAUCGUUAUCGAACCCUCGUCACCCACGAUCCUGCUGAAUUCACCCACAUGUCCUACCUCCCCUUCCCCAAGAACUGGCCGCAGUUCACCCCCAAAGAUAAACUGGGCGAUUGGUUCGAGGCCUACGCAUCGCUAAUGGAGCUCAACGUGUGGACCAAAACCACUGUCACCAGUGCAGCAUACGACGAUGUGACCGCCGGGUGGACCGUGGAUCUUGUUCGUGACGGAAAGACCCGGACUAUUCGUCCCCAUCAUGUUGUUUUCUGUACUGGCCAUGCUGGAGAACCUCUGAUUCCUUCAUUCCCAGGCCAGCAAGACUUUGAAGGUGUUGUUUAUCAUGGAAGCCAGCACAAUGAUGCGUCUGAAUACGAUGUCAAGGGGAAGAAAGUGCUUGUGGUUGGAACGGGCAACAGUGGGCAUGAUAUCUCGGAGAAUUUCUAUCAGAAUGGUGCCGAGGUCACCAUGCUACAGCGCAGUGGGACCUAUGUCCUGACGCUGGAUAAGGGGGUUUUCAUUCUACAUGAGGGCAUGCACUGCGAGAACGGACCACCCACCGAGCAAAGCGACAUCGUCGGCGAGAGUUUACCUUUCCCAGUUCAAUUUGCUCUCAACAUCGAUAUGACGAAGCGCAUUGCCGCCGAGGAGAAGGAAAACGUGGAAGGACUCGAGCGAGCCGGUUUCAAACUCGAAUGGGGCAUCGACCGGUCCGGCAUUGCCCGUCUGUACUAUACCCGCGGAGGUGGCUACUAUGUUGAUGUCGGAUGCAGCAAGCUCAUCAUCGACGGCAAGAUCAAGGUCCACCAGAGCCCUGACGGCAUCUCCGGGUUCACAUCCAAUGCUGUCGUGCUGAAGGACGGAACCCAUCUCGAGGCGGAUGUGGUAGUCUUAGCCACGGGAUAUGACAACAUGAAAACUAGCGUGCAGAAGAUCAUGGGCGACAAGGUGGCGAGCCGGUGUCAGGAUGUGUGGGAUCUGGACGAAGAAGGAGAGCUGAAUGCUAUGUGGCGCCCCAGCGGCCAUCCCAACUUCUGGUAUAUGGGCGGCAAUCUCGCCCUCUGCCGCAUCUAUUCGAAGUACGUGGCUUUGCAGAUCAAAGCCACGGAGGAGGGUUUGAGACCAUCGUCAGUGCCUAAUUAA